AUGGCUCCUUCGGGCAAACGUGCGCCGCGCCGUGAGGAGUUCACGUUGGAGCUUGUAUGUGAGUGGGGCACAUGCCAGGAGAUGUUUGGGGGAAUGGAGGAGUUCUGUCAGCAUGUUGAAGAACAUUACAAAGCAAUGGAGAGGGACAGCCCUGAUAUACCAGAAGAGGUGUACAGUUGUCUCUGGCAGGACUGUGGCUUCUGCUCUGUGGAACUGGACGGAGAGUUGCUGAGGCAUAUGUUUUUCCACUGCUACCAUGCCAAGCUGAAGCAGUGGGGAUUAGCCGUCCUCAAGGGUCACCCAGACAUGGGCACCUGUUCGGUGGAUCACCAAAACCGCAACAUUGUGCCAGAGGUCCAGGACAGCUUCCUCUGCCUGUGGGAGCACUGUGAGACAAACAUGGACAACCCAGAGUGGUUCUACAGGCAUGUGGAGAUGCAUGCACACUGUCUGGAAGCCAAUGCGGAGAGCGUACUAUCCUGUGGCUGGAAAGAUUGUGAGGCAUCAUUUAAAGGCCGGUUUAAGUUACGGGAACACAUGCGCAGUCACACUCAGGAGAAACUGGUGGCGUGUCCAACCUGCGGUGGAAUGUUUGCCAACAACACCAAAUUUUUUGACCAUAUCCGUCGGCAGACCUCCAUUGAAGGUCAAAGGUUUCAGUGCUCUCACUGCUCAAAGCGAUUUGCCACCGAGAGGCUACUGAGGGACCACAUGAGGAAUCAUGUGAACCAUUACAAAUGUCCGUUGUGCGAUAUGACAUGCCCCUCACCGUCCUCACUAAGGAACCACAUCAAGUUCCGCCACAGCAACGAGAAACCCUACAGGUGUGACUACUGCGAGUACAGCUGUAAGAAUCUCAUAGAUCUGCGGAAGCAUCUGGAAACACACAGCAGUGAGCCGGCCUAUCGAUGCGACUUUUCUGACUGUGAAUACUCCACUCGCUCCCUGCACUCCAUCAAAAGCCACUACAAACGUAUACACGAGGGAGAUUACACUCCUCGUUAUAAGUGCCAUGUGUGUGAGCAGUGCUUCACCAGAGGGAAUAACCUCACUGCACAUCUACGCAAGAAGCACCAGUUCAAAUGGCCUUCAGGACAUCCCAGGUUCAGGUAUAAAGAACAUGAGGACGGCUUUAUGAGGCUGCAGCUGAUCCGCUAUGAGAGCGUGGAGCUGACAGAGCAGCUCAUGCGGGAGCGGCAGGGUGAGGGACACAGCAGUGAGUCCGUUCCCCAAACGCAGUGCCUCCAGCCUGGGGAAGAUUCAGAGGAAGUUAGCAGUACAGUCAGACGCUCUGAAAUGGAGAUGAGACAGGAGGGGAAAAGAGACUGCGGAACGCAGGAGGCACAUAUAGAAAACAUGCCUCUCAUUCUCCCAGGCAGAGCUCCAUUAGAGACGGAGGCAACGAGGGAGGAGUCGGUCAUGCGGCAACUACAGGACACUGCCCAGCAGCUAGGCAUGGAGGUGGUUUAAUGUUCCAUCCCAAAACAUCUUUGCCCCAUACAGAUUUUGAGAGCCAAUGUACAAAAGAAGUCCAUUGGACCUGAAAUACAGGACCCACUCAAGACCAGAGGUACUCUAGUGUGGUUAUGUUGCCUCUUAUGCACUUACAGAGUGGAGAUGGUGUAGACUAAGCCUAUAUCAAGAAUGUUUUUGAGAAUGAAGUGAGGGUUUGUGUGUGUGUGUGUGUGUGUGUGUGUGUGUGUGUGUGUGUGUGUGUGUGAAUGUAAAGGAGAGAGAGGUUCUACUGAAUAAGCUUGAUUUUUAGGCCAGAAGGAGAGCUCAACAUUCUGCAAGAGGUUGUCACAUUGUACAGUUUUUUACAUUGUUAAGUUUUGCUUGCUAAAGGGAUAUUAAUUGGAAGUUGCUACUGAAGAACUUAAAAUAUGUUAUAAAUAUCCUUGCUUUUAUUUAUUGAUUUUUCUUUUUACUUGAAUUACGGUAAGUUUACUGUCUGCUUCAGAAACAUCAAAAUACCAUGUUAAAUAAUGCUGUUGUAAGAGAACCUUUUAAUAUCUGUUUACGUAACUUAAACUUGAAAGGUUUGUUUUUCAGAAUUUCUUUCGGUCUGUCGUAGAAUGUUCACACACUGGGGGAGGGAAACAAAGAUUUUCUUAUGACAAAAUGUUUUCUUACAAUAGUUGGCCCUUCAGCACCAUAUACUAUUUAGGUUUCAUCUUAAUGGGUAAUUUCCUAAGAUUUUUUUUUUUUAAUUUCUGCGUCGCUCAAUCAUUGAGGUGUUGAUGGUCAUUCAAAGUGUUUUGAUGUGAAAGUGCAUUGUAGAGAAACUCACUGACACUGUUGGUGAAAGGAAACGGGUCACCCUGUCUACAGCUUAAAUAUGGCCAUUUUAUUUAGUAUCCAAAAUGACCAGUAAACCUACACGUCCUCUGAGUUUCUAUAUGUAAUGUUGAUGAUGAUACUGUCUUGCCUCACAAUGUCCAGUCCUUUGCAAAAACAGGCCAAAACUGUCAUAAAACAUUGUCUCAACGUCUUGCAGUAUAUUGGCAACUUUCAUAUGAUGCAGAUUUUAGAAGUACCAAGUACUUGAGAUGUCUAGAUCUCAUCAUCAUCAUCGCUGUGAAAAGUUCUGACUUUGUUUACAUCUUAAAGAUUGAUUAUGCAGAACUUUUCAGUGGAAUUCCCCAUUAAGAUACAUCUGUUUUUUUUUUUUAUUUGGCAUGUUUAUUGCAUAUUGCUCUUCUGACCUCCCUGCAAAAAAUCUUCUGCUUCUUGCGUUUGGGUCUUAUUAGGCUUGUUUACAUUAACUGGGUCUUGGCUCAGCAUACAUGCUACUAUAAUGGACCAUGUUUUUCUACAGAUAAAAAACUGUAUGAUAUUAAGGUUUUUUUUAGUAACAAUCUGAAAUGGAUCAUUGAUAUGUGAAUUACAGCAGUUGUGGGUCACUUUAGCAGCCUCUGUUGAUAUUUCCAGUGCUGAAAUCAAAAUAUAGCGCGCAUUCUGGUCCAAGUGGAGUAAUAAAGUAUAAUAUUUCAAAUCGG